AUCCCACAGCUUCAUUCCAGUUCCAACCCGGUACUGGUCUGGAACUACUGCUGAAAAUUGUCUAGUUAGCAUUUGGGUUCUUCCGCCAAGCAGGCUGAGCUAGGAUGCCUGAGCCUGUCAAGAAAUCAGCGUUUACCAAAAAGCCAAAAUCUGAGGAGGUCUCAGUGGGUGGAACUGUUACCUUUGCGGCAGAGACAGACAAACCUGGUCUGAAGGUGAAAUGGCAGAGGAACAAUGUCGACAUCACUGCAAAUGAGAGGUUUGCCAUAAAGUCUGAGGGCAAGCAGCACUCACUGACCAUCAGCAAUGCCACCGCAGAGGAUGAAGUGGUCUAUGCCGUCAUUGCAGGCACCUCGAAGGUCAAGUUUGAGCUAAAAGUCAAAGAACAAGAAAAAACUGAGGAGGCUCCUGCCCCAGCUCCAGCUCCAGCUGCUCCUGAAGCUUCUGAGGCACCUGCUCCUCCAGCACCUGACAGCUCAGCUCCACCUUCCACUGAAACUGCUGAGGGAGAGGCUAAACCCCCAGAGUCUGCUGAAGCUACUGCUAUUCAACCUGAACCCCCUAAGGAUGAAAUUGGACUGUUCCUGGAAAGACCAAAGGAUGCGGAAAUCACUGUUGGUUCCAAUAUCAAGUUUACAGCCAGAAUCGCCGGUGCCAAUUUGAUUAAGAAGCCGGUAGUCAAAUGGUUUAAAGGCAAAUGGAUGGACUUGACCAGCAAAGUUGGCAAACAUUUGCAGCUCCAUGAGAUUUAUGACAGGAACACCAAGAUUUACACCUUUGAGAUACAGAUAAUCCAAGCCAAAACCACCUACGCCGGGGGUUACCGAUGUGAGGUUUCCUCAAAAGACAAGUUUGACAGCUGCAAUUUUAACCUAGCAGUUCAUGAGGUAUCUACAUCAGGAGAGGUAGACAUUCGUGCAGCAUUCAGACGCACGAGCCUUGUAGGAGCUGCAAAAAGAAGAAUAUCCAUUGCCAUCAGCGGAGAUGGAGCUGAGGAAGCAGGGGAAUUGGAUUUUAGUGCCUUGCUUAAAAAGAGAGACAGUUUCCUGCGCUCCGUGAAUCGCAAUGAGCCAAAGCAGGGCGCCGAGCCCGAUGUGGAUGUGUGGGAUAUCCUCAAGAAAGCACCCCCUUCUGAAUAUGAGAAGAUUGCCUUCCAGUAUGGCAUCACUGACUUGAGGGGCCUCUUGAAAAGACUCAAGAAGAUGAAGAAGGAAGAGAAGAAGAGUGAAGCUUUCCUUAAGAAGAUGGAUCCUGCAUACCAAAUAGACAAAGGUCAGAAGAUGAAGCUGGUCGUAGAAGUGGCCAAUCCAGAUGCAGAGGUCAAAUGGCUGAAAAAUGGCCAAGAGAUCAGAGUUAGCGGGAGCAAGUACAUAUUUGAGAGUAUUGGGAACAAGAGGAUUCUCACCAUCAAUAACUGCUCGCUGGCAGAUGACGCUGCCUAUCAGUGUGUGAUUGGGGAAGAGAAAUGCUUCACUGAGCUCUUUGUGAGAGAGCCUCCCGUUCAGAUCCUCCAUUCCUUGGAAGAUCAGAUGGUGAUGGUGGGAGAGAGAGUGGAGUUUGAGUGUGAGGUGUCAGAGGAAGGCGCUCAAGUGAAAUGGGAGAAAGAUGGCGUGGAGCUGACCAGAGAGGAAACCUUCAAGUAUCGGUUUAAAAAGGACGGUAAAAAGCAUUUUCUGAUCAUUAAUGAGACAACCCUGGAAGACGGGGGCAAUUACAAAGUCAAAACCAACGGAGGGGAGUCAGUGGCUGAGCUGAUGGUACAAGAGAAACAGUUGGAAGUUCUACAAGAUGUGGCUGAUUUGACUGUUAAAGCCAAGGAACAAGCGGUCUUCAAGUGUGAGGUCUCCGAUGAGACGGUGACCGGUAUAUGGGUGAAGAACGGAAAGGAAGUCAUUCCUAACAACAGAAUCAAGAUCACCCACAUUGGAAGGGUACACAAGCUGACCAUCGAUGAUGUUGUCCCACAGGAUGAGGGAGACUACUCCUUUAUCCCUAAUGGAUUUGCCUUCAGCCUUUCUGCAAAACUACACUUUAUGGAGGUGAAGAUUGACUUUGUUCCAAGACAAGAACCCCCUAAGAUCAAACUGGACUGCAUGUCACAGUGCGCUGACACCAUCAUUGUCGUUGCUGGCAACAAAUUACGUCUUGACGUCCCCAUAUCUGGGGAUCCAGCCCCCACUGUUGUGUGGAUGAAGGGGGAUAAGGUAAUUGAGCAGACCCCAGUCAGGACUGAAAGUGAGGCUCAUCACGACUUAUACCGAGAUGUGGAUCUAAUUUCAGAGGUUGAUGGCAGAGUCCAUGUGGAGACACAUGCAGACCAUUGUGUGUUCAUCAUUGAGGGGGCAGAGAAGUCAGAUGAAGGUGCCUACACCGUACUGGUGAAGAAUGAAGCUGGAGAGGACAAAGCUAACAUCAAUGUAAAGGUUAUUGAGGUCCCAGAUCCACCUGAGUCCCCCAAGAUAUCAAACAUUGGCGAGGAUUUUUGCACAGUACAAUGGGAUCCACCCAAGUAUGAUGGAGGCCAACCAGUCUUGGGCUAUAUUUUGGAGAGAAAGAAAAAGAAGAGUUACCGCUGGAUGCGGCUGAACUACGACCUGGUCAAGGAAUUAACCUAUGAAUCUAAGAGGAUGAUUGAGGGAGUAGUAUAUGAGAUGCGCAUAUAUGCCGUAAACUCCAUUGGCAUGUCCCUCCCCAGUCAGCCUUCACAGCCCUUCAUGCCUAUUGCUCCCACCAGUGAGCCCACCCAGCUGGUGGUGGAGGACGUCAGUGACACCAGUAUAAGCUUAAAGUGGAGACCCCCAGAGCGCAUUGGCGCAGGAGGACUCGAUGGCUACACCGUGGAAUACUGCAAGGAAGGGUCCACAGAGUGGGUCCCAGCACUGCAAGGCCUCACUGAGAGAAAUUCAGUCAUGAUCCGUGACCUUCCCACCGGAGAGAGACUCACCUUUAGAGUGCGUGCCAUCAAUCUGGCAGGACCCAGCGAGCCCUGUACCAUGAAAGAACCUGUGACCAUUCGCGAAAUCAUGCAACGUCCAAAGAUCUGGCUUCCACGAUACCUCAGACAAAAACUGAUCAAGAAAGUUGGUGAAACAGUGAACAUCGUCAUUCCCUUCCAGGGUAAGCCACGCCCAGUGGUGACCUGGCUGAAAGAUGGACAGCCUGUUGACCCAAAACAAGUCGGAAUCCGCAACAGUGAAGCAGACACCAUUUUGUUUAUAAGAAAGGCAGAGCGAGACCAUUCUGGGGAAUAUAAAGUUCAAAUCCAGAUUGAGAACUGCGAGGACUCGGCCACCAUCUGCAUCCAAAUCGUAGAUAAACCAAGUGCCCCUCAGAAAUUAAAGAUCGUUGAAAUCUGGGGAUUCAAUGUGGCACUGGAAUGGGCUCCUCCCCAAGAUGAUGGAAACACGGAAAUUACUGGAUACACUGUCCAGAAAGCAGAUAAAAAGACCAUGGAAUGGUUCACAGUCUUCGAGCACUAUAGGCGAACACACUGCGUGGUGUCCGAUCUGAUCAUGGGCAACGAGUAUUACUUCCGAGUGUUCAGUGAGAACAUGUGCGGCCUGAGUGAGAAACCUUGCACUACAAAGAACAGUGCCUAUAUCCAGAAAACCGGAACUGCCUACAAACCUCCAACUUACAAAGAUCAUGAGUUUGAGGAGGCCCCUAAGUUUACUCACCCACUGAAUGACCGGUCUGUUGUUGCGGGGUACAAUGCCACCCUCAGUUGUGCCGUACGAGGCAUACCCAAGCCUAAGAUCACAUGGUAUAAGAAUAAGAUGGACCUGUCCAUGGAGGCCCGCUAUCGCUCCUUCAGCAAGCAGGGGGUGCUCACAUUGGAAGUGAGGAAGCCAAGCCCAUUCGAUGGUGGCCUCUACACAUGCAAAGCAGUCAAUGAGCAUGGGGUGGCAGAAACUGAAUGCCGGCUGGAGGUGCGAGUUCCUCAGUAACAGUCCCAUGGGGUGAUUUUAGGCGACUGGAACAGAGGAGACAGAGGAGUUGAGACGCAGACUGUAAAAUUCAUAGAUGAAGCAAGUUCAAUCUGUAUUAGAUAUAUGUAAAAGAAACCCACAGACACACAGCAAUAUCAUCUCUAGAUUCACAGAAUAACAAAGAGCACUGUGCUGCCUGCUACGAUCCUUGCCUUCAUCUCACGCAGCAGAGGCUAUCUCGGUGUGGAUAUUAUUUUUCGCAGUAUUGGCAGGAAGAGAUUAAAUGCCAGGGGGAUAAGGGCGUUGCCUGUAUGAUAUAUAGAAUAUGAUAUGUGUAAGUGAUUUUGAAAGGUAAAAAGAAGUAAUAAACGUUCAGCGUGUUGAGUAGUUGGAAA